AUGGCGGUGGCCAGGAAGAUCAAAACUUUGCUGACGGUCAACAUCCUGGUGUUCGUGGGCGUCAUCCUCUUCUCCGUGUACUGCCGCCUGCAGGACCGCUCUGAGGGGCUGGUGCAGGUCGCACGCGGCGCCGACCGCCGGGGGCGCAGCCGGCAGGCCAAGGUGGGCGCGCUGGCCGACCGCGAGGCCAUCCUGCAGCGCCUGGACCACCUGGAGGAGGUGGUCUACAACCAGCUGAAUGGCCUCGCCAAGCCCAUCGGUCUGGUGGAGGGGCCAGGGGGCCUGGGCCAGGGUGGCAUGGCGGCUACCCUGCGUGAUGACAGCCAGGAGAUGGAAAGCACGUUUGAGGAGUACGGAUACAACGCGCAGCUCAGUGACCGAAUCUCCCUGGACAGGACCAUCCCCGACUACAGGCCCCAAAAGUGCAGACAGAUGACCUACUCCGAUGACCUGCCCCAGAUCUCCGUGGUGUUCAUCUUCGUCAACGAAGCCCUCUCGGUCAUCCUGCGCUCCGUCCACAGCGUGGUCAACCACACGCCCUCCCAGCUCCUCAAGGAGGUCAUCCUGGUGGACGACGACAGCGAUAAUGUGGAGCUCAAGUUCAGCCUGGACCAGUACAUCAACAGGAGAUACCCGGGCCUCGUGAAGGUCGUGCGCAACAGCAGGCGAGAGGGCUUGAUCCGCGCGCGGCUGCAGGGCUGGAAGGCGGCCACGGCCCCCGUCGUCGGCUUCUUCGAUGCCCACGUGGAGUUCAGCGCCGGCUGGGCCGAGCCCGCCCUCACGCGCAUCCGGGAAGACCGCCGGCGCAUCGUCCUGCCCGCCAUCGACAACAUCAAGUACGACACAUUCGAGGUGCAGCAGUACGCCAGCGCGGCCCACGGCUACAACUGGGGCCUCUGGUGCAUGUACAUCAUCCCGCCCCAGGACUGGCUGGACCGCGGCGACGAGGCGGCGCCCAUCCGGACCCCCGCCAUGAUUGGCUGCUCCUUUGUGGUGGACCGGGAGUAUUUCGGGGACAUUGGCCUGCUGGACCCGGGCAUGGAGGUGUACGGUGGCGAGAACGUGGAGCUGGGCAUGAGGGUGUGGCAGUGCGGCGGCAGCAUGGAGGUGCUGCCCUGCUCCCGCGUGGCCCACAUCGAGCGCACGAGGAAGCCCUACAACAACGACAUCGACUACUACGCCAAGCGCAACGCCCUGCGGGCGGCCGAGGUGUGGAUGGACGGCUUCAAGUCCCACGUCUACAUGGCCUGGAACAUCCCCAUGACCAACCCAGGGGUGGACUUCGGGGACGUGUCCGAGCGGCUAGCCCUGCGCGAGAGGCUGAAAUGCCGCAGCUUCAAGUGGUACCUGGAGAACGUGUACCCGGAAAUGAGGACCUACAAUGACACCCUCACGUACGGAGAGGUGAGGAACAGCAAAGCCAGCGGCUACUGCUUGGACCAGGGCGCGGAGGACGACGACCGAGCCAUCCUCUACCCCUGCCACGGGAUGUCCUCGCAGCUGGUGCGGUACAGCGCCGAGGGCCUGCUGCAGCUGGGCCCCCUGGGCUCCACCGCCUUCCUGCCCGACUCCAAGUGCCUGGUGGACGAUGGCAGGGGCCGCACGCCUGCCCUGAAGAAGUGCGAGGACGUGGCCCGGCCAGCACAGCGGCUGUGGGACUUCACCCAGAGCGGCCCCAUCGUGAGCCGGGACACUGGCCGGUGCCUGGAGGUGGAGAUGUCCAAGGACGCCAAUUUCGGGCUGCGGCUGGUAGUGCAGAGGUGCUCGGGGCAGAAGUGGACGAUCAGAAACUGGGUCAAGCACGGGCGGCACUGACCCCCCAGCCUCGCCCUGCGCCCCUCCCCAUAAAGACCCUGAGGACCUGGGGAUGGUAUCGCGCCCCUUCCCACCCACCCGCCACCAAACCCCGAGGGCCCUGGCCGUGCCCGCACCAUCUCAGGCCGGGACCUCUCCUGGGGGACCCUUUCGCCCGGGACAGUGGGGCCACCUUGCGUGCCCUGGAGGCAGAUGCUGGGGAUCGGCCACCCCACCAGGAGCGCGGACCGUCCUGGGCCAGGCGGCUCUGCCUGAGCACGGCAGCUGACCGCCAGCUCCAGCCCCAAAUUACGUGCCUUUUCUACGGUAUUUCUGUCCAGCCGCCUGGACGGCCACCUUUUCUGCAUGUGCUGAAGCCCCUGUACAUACCCCCCGCAGACAUCGCCCCCUGUGAACGCAGAGGGAGGCCGAGCUCCCGUCCUCCUGCGGCAGAUGCACCACCUCCCGUGGCCUCCUGUGGCUGCGCUGUCCCUUGCUGCCGUGCUCCGCCUUCCUGUGAUCACCUGAGUCUUGACUCAGGAGCAGAGCAGAGCCCUCUCCACGCCAGCGAGAGAGGAGGACGGGGGACGUCAGCUGCUGUGUCCCAAAGACACCGCACGGCCGUGUGCAGGUGAGGACACGACUGCUUCGGUCCAAUAAAGAGCGGAUCAAACGACACAGACCUUACGGCUCGUCCACAGGAGUCGGAGCUGGUCGGCUGCCGGGGGUGGGCAUCCCCGUGCUAGCCUCCCGCCAGGAGCCAGGCGCCUCCUCAUGUUGCUCUAAGGCAGGGGUCAGCAAACGUGGACCCAGGCCCCUAGCCUGUUUUUAUAAAUAAAGUUUUA